AUUCCAACCAACACCUCGUACCACUCCUUACUCAUCCGCAAUCCACCUCUGGUCUCUCCUCACAGCGCUCGACGAGGAUGGCAACCGAUCCAUUUCACACUUUCGCCUCAACCGUCCGCUCCUCUCUCGCAGCCACACGGGAGCUUUCUGAGACCUACAAUUCUCUCGCCUCCGCCUCCUCAUCUUCAGCAGCUGCAGGAUCAAGCGAGCUGAUCACCGCCCAAGAUAGACUCAAUGAUGCGCUUGAGGCCUUACAGCAGGACGUAGAGGAUGUCAGACAGAGUGUGGCGGUGGUCAAGAGGAGUCCGGAGAGAUUUGGAGUUGAUGUGGGUGAGCUGAGGAAGAGAGAGGAGUUUCUGAGAGUGUGCGAGGCGGAGGUCGAGAAACUGCAACGGUCCGCCAGCGUACAAGUGGGAGGCAGGGCGGAGCGCAGGGGUGGGCACUCCUCGAUAGGUAUAGACGACGAUCACGACGACGAGGACCACAAUACGGCGUUCGAGAAGGAGCAACAACAGCUGCUGAUGACCCAGCAAGACACAACCCUAUCCACAAUCGGUCGCACCCUAACCUCUCUCAAAUCACAAGCCUCCACGAUGGGCAACGAGAUCACAGAGCAAGUCGAGCUGAUUGGUGCACUCGAUUCGGAAGUGGAUAGUACACAGGGUAGGCUAGGGAGGGCAAUGGGGAAGAUGGAUGAGCUGGUGAGAAGGGGAGAUGAUAGACUGGGUGGGUGGUGCGUGUGGUUGUUAGUUGUGGCACUCUUCUUCCUCCUGCUGAUAGCGAUCCUCAUCUGAUCGCUCCGACAAGGCACGGCAGACAGUGCCAUCGUAAAGUGUAUAUAUUACCAGACGC